UCAACAUAGUCGAUGACUGAAUGAAGUGAAUGAGACUCAAUGUUUAUCAUCGAUAGAUUAUUUUAGAGUCUAGUAGACUAGAAAGAAUAUAUUCUAGAUCUAGAUGCUAUCUAAUCUAGAUUUAGAUCUAAUUAGUCUAGUUAUGAUGUAGAUCUACAAGUGGGUGGAACUGUUACUGUACACUGUACUGUUACUGUCAGUGUCUACUGACACUGUGUGACUGUACAACACAACAGUACUGUAGUGUAGUGUAAGUCAGUGUAGUCAACUGUAGUGUAACACUAAACUAAAAGUAACUGUAAUCUAAGACUCAGUCAGUGUUUAUGUAUGAAAAAUGGAAGAGAGAAAAAGUAGAAGACGCUCUCUUCGAAACUUGCGUAGAUCCUCAUCCAACUGGGUUGUACCUACUCAGGCCAUUCUACAAGGUAUUGAAAGCAACUCAGAAAAUGUAUUGACAAUCGAUUCUGCUUAUGGCAGUGCCUGGUUUGGUGAGAAUACAAUGCAUAAUAUUAUAACUUACAACCAGGCAAGAAGCAGUCCUGAGAUUGGAACGAAAUCAUUUUUUCCAAGUAUAGAUGCUUGUGCUGAAGAUGAUGCAGCAUUACCUGCGAAGGUGAUGAAAAAUUCAGAUACUGACUCUUCUCCAUUCGUUAUGCCAUCUAGCAAACCAUUGGCAGAGACACAAACAGGCAAUAGAAUGGAAUGUGAAAAACUCGGCAAUAUAUUUGCCUUUAACUCUAAUAAGUCACAGAAAUUGGUUCCUAUGAGUGUGGGGACAAAGUCACCAUCGACCUUGAACACACAUUUGUCCCUACACAAAAAAAACAACAAGGAAGAAAAUACUGGUUCUCUAAACACUUCAUUGAAAGUAUCUUUUAAUAAACACAACAAAAACACCAGCUCUCUGAACACUUCAUUGAAUGUAACUUUGAAGAAACAGAAUAGAAAUUCUGCUACUCAAAAAACAAAAUCACAGAAGAAGGCAGAAACAAAAUGUGACCCUCCCAAAUAUAAAAUUCACCAAACAAAGUCUAAUAGCUUCAUGGGAACUAAACCCAACUUUUUGAAAACAACUCAGUCGUUUUCAUUGAAGCAUUCAUCAGUUAACCAUUUAUCACCUAAGAAGUCUUCAGCAAGUGCUGAGUCGCUUAAAACUCCAACAUUUAUGAAAUUUCAGACACAGUCAACUGGAGGACGUAGCAACUCACCCCUUACUGAGUCAGAAUCAAAACCCUAUGUUGGCUCUGUCUUUCAGAAUUUAAUCAGUAAUGCAAGUCCCUAUAGAUCUAAUUUUAAAGCUCAAAAUGGCCUUUUAAAUGAGAAUGUCAAACCAAAAGAUAGAAAGCGUCUUUCUUUAAGAAAAAGUAUAAUAGAAUCUGGUCCCCUUCCGGCAGAAAGUGGUAAAACAAGUAAGAAUGGAACAAAUGUUGAACUUAUCUCUGGGUAUGUAUCAGUCCACAGGAGUGCUAACAUAGUUAGCACUAUUAACUGUGAGAUGGAUACAGUGGUCUUGGGUCAUGACAGCUCGGUUGACAGAGCAGAAGAUAAUGGAGAUAGUCUAAACAAUUGUAUCUAUGACAUUGAAAUGACUGAGGAGUUUUUAAAAAGCUUUGAUUUGCCUUUCUUUCCUUCCAAUUCCAUUGGGGGUGCUGAUGUUCUCGGGAAAGAAAGAGACUUGAAUAAGUCUCUGCGUCGCUCAUCGAGAUAUUUCAGUGCCCAUGAGAUGCCGCUGGCUAGACCUUCUUUUGAAGAAGAGACUGAGUCGGAAGCUUCUCCCAAAACAUCUCUAGAUGAAUCUUCCCCUAAUGUUUUUUCAAAGGAAGGAGCUAAAGUGAUCAGUCUAGCACCAUCUGACUCACAUGAUAUGCUGAUAUGUUCUAAAGAAAGAAACUUCCAAGACAUUGUGUCUAUGCCAGUAAGUGGUGCGGAGUCUCACCCUUUCAUAAACUCAGCAGAAGAUCCAGCAUGUGGCUAUGCAGAGCUCAAGACAGAACAAGAAAAACUCAUUGACCAGAUUGCUGGUUCUGAGCACAAGUUCUUUUCUGAGCCAAACACAAUGCUAAUGGAAGACUUGAUGAAUGGUUUCACUAACAUGACCAUGGCCGAGACAAUAAAAUCCUGUGAACAUUUUCCUACUGAUGAAAUGAUGGCAAGUGAGAAUAUAUCUCUUGAUGUUAAUGGAAACAAAAAUCAUAACAUCCCAUCAGACGCCAACAGCCUUAUAUCCCCAACAGAUACACAAGCUGAGCAUCCUGGGACUGUUAUCCAGAAGUUUGAUGAGGAAACAUUCAAAGAUAUAAGUAAAGACAGUGUUGAAAUGACUGAAUGUUCAGACAAAAACACCAGCCACAAUGUUGAAAGUGAAAUAGAAAUGAAAGAAAUGGUUGUUUCUAGUGAUUUUGUUGGCAGUGAAAAUAUUGAUUCAGAUUCCAGCACAGGGAGAAGAUCAUUGAGAAGCAGAAAGUCUUGGGACUUUUCACAGAGCUCUUCAUCUCUGGAGGCCAAAACUGCAAGAAAACGAAACAGUGAAGGUGUGGUAUCUAAUAGCAAAGGAACUUUGAAAGAAACAUCGGAAGAUUUGCCUAGUCCUCUGCGCAAUAAAGGCAGAAAAGAAAUAAGCCCAGGUCUCCGAGACCUUUAUUUGAAUAAACUGUAUGACCCACCAAAAGCAAAAUCCUGGGAAACGAUUAAAGAAAGUCCCAAAGAUGAUUCUUCAUUAUUCACCAAACAGAAGUCCAAAAGGUUUCUUCUGUUUGAGGCUGGAGUCACUACAGCUAAACUUCAACGCAGGCAUAAAAAGGCAGUGGAAAUUAAAAGGAAAGUCGGAUCUCAGAACGUAACUUUAAGUGAUGAAGAGUUUCGCAGAAAGCUUCUAGAUGUUCAAUUACUACUAGAUGAUUUACCCUAGUGUUAAUUGGAUGACACUAGUUCAUUUUAUUUGUGAUUCUAAUUUUUAGUGUCUUGAACAUAAAAAAAAUGUUUUUCAUUUUUCUUUCUGUGGAAGGCAUGAAAUCAAACAAUAUUGUAGGCUUUCUUUAUUGUUUUGUCCAUAAAAUAAAAUCAUAAUGACCGACACCCCCCCCCC